AUGAUGGUGUCAAUGAAGAUGCAACUGACAAGACACAUCAACCAAUCUCCACAGUAUAUAAUCGACCGUUCAAGUGUACCCAUUCAUUUUGUAUCGACGAAGAAAGACUGGGUCUAUUGUGCUGGUCGUUUGCUUAAUGCACAGCUAAUGGGAUUGGACACGGAGACACGACCAACAUGGGGCAGACAAAAGAAAAAGAAACAAUGUGCGCUACUUCAGAUCGCAGUGCGUGACGCUCAGAAAAAGGAGGAGGUCUUCAUCCUCGACCUGCUGAACCUGCGCGUCACCACGUACAAUGGAACACUCACGAACGUCUUUAUGUCCAAGAAGAUCAUUAAGCUUGGCCAGAGCUUCUACCAGGAUCUGCAAGAACUCGCGCAGUCGUAUCCUCAUGCGUCUUGCUUUCAGGUCUGUAAGGGCGUCGUGGAAGUGAACGACUUGUCCAUCUCGCUAGCGGGAGCGCACAAUCCGAUUAGUCUGCAGAAACUCGUAUUCUUCUAUCUGCACCGCAAGCUUGCAAAGACGCAGCAACUAUCCAACUGGGAGCGGAGACCGUUGACUGUUGGCCAGCUUCAUUAUGCGGCGGCGGACGCUCUGGUGCUGCUCCACUUGUAUGAUGAGCUGCUGCUGCGUAUCCAGAGGCAGUGCAUAGCAAUGACAAAGAGCUUCCGGUUGAGUGAUGUGACGAAUGUGCUCGAUGUGAAUCUUCCUCCCGCAUUAAAGUGCUCGCUUUGCUUCGAGGUAUUUGAGACGAAAAAUGCACUAAAGCAGCAUCGUCAGCUCUGUCUGACGGAGGUACACAAGCUGAUGAUCUGUGCAGUAUGCGACGGUAAGAAACUUGAGACGGAAAAGGGGAUGGAACACCACGUGAAGCAUUGCGGCUUUGAUGAAGCUGCUGACGAGCCGAUCGUGCAAGGUAAGAAGAAACGGUCGCUCUCGGGAAUAAGCAGUAUCAGCUCCACCAAGUCAUUACAUUCAGCAUCCGAUCUACCUAAAUCCAAAAAGCGCCGCAAAACCAAGCAAGACGCUCCUUGCACAGCAGCGAGGAUUGUUGAAAAUUCAAAUUUGGCUAGCGCAAAGCGAGACAAGAACCGAAAAGACAAGAAAGCUCGAAAAAAACGUCAACGGGCACUUCAAGCGCAGACGCUGGCGCUUUUGAAUGCUCAAAUGGCUGCGAAGUGCGCCGCAUCUCAAACGACAAAUACAUUGAGCUGUCGGGAUCCAGAACAUAAGCCGCGCGCAAUUAGCAUGGAGUCGUCGCUCUUGGCAUCGGACGCAAUGUGGUCACAGAUCUCGAGUGAGUGCGAUUCUACCACUGCUACUUAA